AUGCCAGUGUUCAAGGAGAAGGGGGAACGACUGCUCGCAGCGCUGAACAUUUCACGACAAACAACGCACUCCUAUCCCUACUAUGCAUCCUUGUCCCGCGAGCACUUCAUGGAGGCCGUUUGCGAGGUUGGACGUGUAGUCGGUGAGUCGAUAACGCUUUCCGAUGAUCCGUGCGCCAGCCUGGUGUACGCAAUGACAAUGCACGUCGCCGGUGAAAGGAAAUGCGGCAGCGCGGACGCUCGCCACGUCCUUGAGGUGUACAUGAACAGCCGCGAGACCUUCAAUAAACUCGCGCGUGACCUCGUGUUGCCUGACCGAAUCCCCCUCGGGUACUUUGGCUCACCUGCCAAUGCAACCGGGCUCGUGUGUCUCACAAACAUGGACCGAAUCAUUCUAGAACACGGGAAUCAGUCACAGAACGAUGGACUCGGCUGGGUAUAUCGAGCUGUUCCCCCCAGCCUGGUGGAAACGAUCACAUUGUUCGCGGUAACACAGCAAGAAGAGUUCCACGCAGCGCUGCUCAACUUUGCUUUCACAUCAUGUACAACGGAUCUGGAGGUGGCCAGUCGACUAGUGUCUCGUGACCGCGGGUGCUGUGUGCUUGCGUUCCAGAUCCCAGAGGAGGUCAACUACUUUGACGGCCGUGUCUUUAACACGAUGGGGGAGGGGGAGAUUAUCAUUCAACGCAACACGUAUUUCAGCAACUUCCAGAAACCCGCAGACCCUGUGAACGGGAUCACGGUGGUAGAGUGCACACUGGAUUUGCUCCAGCGCCCGCUAUCCAUCUACAUUUCAAAGGUGCGCUGA